CACUUGUGGAUAAAGUUCUGUUAUGCGUACCCUUUUCUUUUCAGGGUUUUCUCUUUCCUCUUCUUCUUCUCUCUCAAACAUAAAAACACAGGCUUUUCUGGUUUGUUCAUUUUUUGUGGUUUCUGAAGCGAAGGAAAAUUUAAUGGCUGAAGCUUUGACCAAGGCGAGUUUGGUUUCUUCUUGGAAUGGUAGUAGUCAACGCCACCAACGAAGAGUAUCCAUGGUUCCAAAUUCUUGUAGCUUUGUUUCUGGCGUCGGAAGGUUCCCUUCUCUCAAGUUAAAGUCUCAGAUUCUCAGAUCUUGGUCCUCUUCUUCUGAGUUUCAGGGUAAAAAGCUUAUCUUUCACGUAAAUCGAGGAAUACCCAACAGGGUUAGUUCGCGGGUGAGAGCUUCGACUGCAGUUCAGAUGACCCAUAGAAUAGGUAAAGUUCAGAAAUGGUGGGAAAAGGGGCUUCAACCCAACAUGAAAGAGGUGACUUCCGCCGAAGAUCUUGUAGAAUCACUGUUAAGCGCAGGGGACAAGUUGGUGGUGGUUGAUUUCUUCUCUCCCGGUUGUGGUGGCUGCAGAGCCCUUCACCCUAAGAUAUGUCAACUGGCAGAGAUGAAUCCUGAUGUUGAAUUCCUUCAGGUGAACUAUGAGGAGCAGAAGUCCAUGUGUUAUAGCCUCAAUGUCCAUGUUCUUCCCUUCUUCCGCUUCUAUAGAGGUGCUCAAGGUCGACUAUGUAGCUUUAGCUGCACCAAUGCCACGAUCAAGAAGUUUAAAGAUGCAUUGGCGAAACACUCCCCAGAUAGAUGCAGCUUGGGCCCAACCAAAGGGUUAGAGGAGAAAGAGCUCCUUGCUCUUGCUGCCAACAAAGAUCUUUCCUUCACCUACUCACCAAAUCCCUUACAACCUGAACAUGCAGAUGAAGAGUUCGCUACUGCUUCCACUCCUGUUCCUUGUUCAGAAUCUCUUCAUUCAUUGACUCUCUUUUCUGAGGUCUCCAAAGAGAAAACCUUAGCCACUGCUGGGAGAUGACGUGGUCAGUUUGCAAGAAAAACCCAUCAUCUGACUCCAUCCCUUGUACAGUGUAUAGGUUUGUUUUGGUGCAAUACAUCUUCAUGUAGUAUACUUGUGAGAAUGAAGAUAUCAUGGAAGAUAAGGUCAAGUAGUAUAUGACAGUAUAUGCAUGAUGUAUUCCUCUUGGGCAUGUCUUUUUGGAUCCAUGCCUUGCCUUGCUAGGAUUAGGGAAGUUAGAGAUUGUAGCAUUAGUAGUUACCCUUUUUUGUGUGUGAGGAGGAAUCAUUUCCUAUUGUUGUAAAAAUGAAUGUCAUUUUAUUCAUCAAUGGAAAGUUUGUUUCUUUCUUUUUCUGAAAAAA